AUGACUCGCCCGCUGACGAGCAGAAAGAAAAGCGAGAUCAACGAUUUGGGUCAAAAGAGAGGCGAACACUUGCAACAUGCUCUUAAACCUCGCCAUGUCGCGAUGAUUUCGAUAGGCGGCGUCAUUGGCACUGGGUUGUUCCUAGGCACGGCCAAUUCAUUGAAAAAUGGUGGUCCAGUCGGUUUAUGGUUGGGCUAUAUCGUCAUGGGUUCAGUUUGUUUUGCCGUGAUGCAAUGUUUGGGUGAAGCCGUUUCUUAUCUUCCUGUUCCUGGUGGUCAUAUUCGCUUGGCCGAUCGUUUCGUUUCGCCUGCUAUGGCUUUCGCUUUGGGAUGGAAUUACUGGUACAACUGGGUUAUUGUCUUGCCUGCCGAAUUAUCUGCCGCCGCCGUCUUGAUUUCUUACUGGGAUCCUCACACUUCUCCUGCCGUCUACAUUACUGUUUGUUUGGUCGUUGUCAUAGCAAUUAAUUUGCUUGGCGUUCGUGUAUACGGUGAAACGGAGUUCUGGUUCUGCUCUAUCAAAGUUCUUACAAUUGUCGGCCUAAUCAUCUUAUCGUUCCUCAUCGAUGUUGGUGUCGGAGAUCAAGGUGUUUUGGGUUUCCAUUAUUGGAAGCACCCUGGACCUUUUGCUCAAUACAACGGCAUUUCUGGAUCUUUGGGUCGCUUCCUUGGUUUCUGGUCUGUUCUAAUCAACGCCGCCUUCUCUUUCAUCGGAACGGAAAUUACCGGUAUUGCCGCAGGCGAAGCGCGCAACCCACGCAAAACUGUUCCAUCUGCAAUUCGCAAAGUGUUCUGGCGAAUUCUCUUGUUCUACAUCUUGGGUACAUUGGCCAUCUCUGUUGUUUGUCCAUCCGACGCACCCGAUCUAUCCUUCAAGGCCAAGACCGCCACCAAGUCACCUUUCGUCAUCGCCAUCAAAGCUGCCGGUAUCAAGGGUCUACCAUCCGUCAUCAACGCUGCUUUACUGACCUCUGCGACAAGUGCCGCGAGCUCAGAUUUAUUCACUAGCAGUAGAGCUCUGUACUCAUUGGCACUGAAUGGUCAAGCACCACGUAUCUUUGCUCGCACAAACAGAUAUGGAUUGCCAUAUCUUUCCGUUAUUGUCUCGAUUUUGUUCAGUCUUUUGGCCUACAUGUCCGUGAAGACUGGAUCUGGAACUGCUUUCGGAUACUUUGCCAAUUUGACCUCCGUUUGUGGAUUGGUUACUUGGUCCGUUAUCGGUUGCUUGCACUUACGUUUCCGUACCGCAAUGCAAGUUCAAGGUGUUUCCGCUGAUGUUUUGCCAUACAAAGCACCACUUUCCAAAUGGUUUGGUGGAAAGUUCUUCUCCUACUAUACAAUCGGCUGGACUUUGUUGGUCAUUCUGUUCUGUGAUUGGAGUGUGUUCCUCAACGGCAAUUGGAGCACAUCGGACUUCAUCACAAACUACUUCCCCGUUCCUUUCUUCGGAGUCUUGUAUGCCUUUGCCGCAUGGAGAUGGGGAGGUAAAUUCCGCAAAGCAGAAGAGAUUGAUUUGCACACUGGAUUGCAAACAAUCAUCGACAAUGAAGUCGAAGAACCCGUUCCAAAGAACUUGUGGGAGAAAGUCUGGGCUUUCCUCAGUUAA